GCCAGCCACCUGUUUCUUUAACAUCCUGUGACGCUUAUGGAAGACGAAACCUCUCAGAUUAUCGGCUACUGCCUCAUAGGUGUCGUUCCUGCCCUCUUGUGCAUGUUUAUUAUCAUCUUGAGGUUACAAUCACGCCGACGAGCUCGCCGCGAGUCCACCUCUCCGAACAACAGCACUCUCAAUGCCCCAGGCUCUUAUAGGGGAAGACAGAGAAAAACACUCUCCAAGGCUGCGUUGGAAGAGAUUCCCAUGUACAAGGCUGGGGAUUUCAACACACCAAGAAUGACCAGCGGUAGCUCUGAUGUCGAAAGGGGUCAGGAUAUCUCCGACCAAGUUCGUGUAUCGUGGAGGCCAGAUAGCUCAGUGCCUUGCUUGUCGUCGGAGAUUAACCUGACUUGUGCUGUGUGCGCCGAAGCCUGUACAAGAGGCCAGCUCAUACGAGACCUCCCUUGCCAUCAUCAAUACCAUGCUGAAUGUAUCGAUGGUUGGCUGAUUAACAUAUCAGGAUCUUGCCCCCUGUGGUAUGUUUUGGGCGCGGAUGAUUUUAUUCCCCGAGUAAUCGGUUCUGACUAGGUCAUCUUAGCCGCAUGGAUCUAAGGAAUCGUCGAAGUCAAGAGAAUAAUAGCCACCAAACUAGCAACAUAAGUGAUAAUCCUGUCCGACCUCAACAA